AGUAAGACAGGCAAAAAAACAUUAGGCUACUGCGGUGCGUGGUUUAGCCACAACACGCUGCACGGUAAAAUCAAACGCUACUAAGUUACAGAGAACAGAAAGCGGCAGCCAGCCACAAAAGACACUCAGCUCUCCGUUUCUCGUAAUUCGGGCAACCCGUUUUCACUCCUCUCGAGAUCUUCCUUUCUUUUUCGCUUUAUUUUUAAUCCGAGUUUAUUAUACUUUUGUUUGUUCUGCUGCAUUUUUUUUUUUGGUUCGAAGUCUCUUUGGCAGACGGAGGAGGAGAGAGAGGAGGAGAGAGAGCUGGAAAAUCCCCCAUGGAGGAUGAAGAACCACUGGUUUCUUCGUUGUUUUGACGGACUUUUCAUCAAAAACAUCAGGACACUCCCUAGGGUUUUCCUGAGAUGAUUUUGUACUUAUAAUGUGAUGGGGUGAACGUUUGAAUCGACCAUGGGGAGUUUGAGUAGUGAUGAGGAUCUGUUCUUUGAAGCCCGGGAGGAUAUUUCCUCCGUAUCCGAUUCAAGCCCUGACUGCCCAGAAAAUUUGGAGUCUGAUCAUGGGGUUGUUGUUUCCUCGCCUAGCGUUUUUAGUUAUGAGGUUUGGAUUAAGAACCUGGACAGCAUUCAUGAACGGCGCAAUAAAUUUCUCAAAUUGAUGGGUUUCAAUGUGGAUGAAACUGUCGCACAUGACCCUGUUAAUGCAUGUUCACAGGAAGGAGAAGUUGAGACUGAUAGAAUGACAGAACAUAGUGGUUCUGUUCUAAGGUCAUCAAGCUUUGAUGAUAGGUUUUCAUCAAGUCAUUCUUCAAUGUCGUGUUGGUCCAGCAAUACCUUAGAGUUGUUAGAUGGAGCACUGGAAGAGAAUUUUGAAUGCAGAAUUAGGAAUUUGGAUAAUGGGUCAGAGUUCAUUGUGGAUGAACUAGGGCAGGAUGUCAUGUCAGGGAGAAUUCGUGAAGUGGGCUCAAACCGGUUGCUUACUGUUGCAGAGUUUGAGAGGAAUCUUGGGUUAUCACCUUUGGUUCAGCAAGCGAUGCGGAGAAAUGCUGAAGAGGCAUCUGAUCUCAGGACAGCAAGAAAGAAGGUAAAGAGGGGAUGGUUGAGGAGAUUGGGUGCCGUUGCUUGCAUAGUUGAUAGACAAUUGUAUGCUGAAGGUAUCAAUUAUAAUGGCCAGUAUUCUCUUUCUAGGGCUAGGGCUCAAAUGGUUCGAGUUCGUUCAUAUAAGAAACGGUUCAAGGAACUUUCAGCUCUUUAUAUGGGACAAGAAGUUGCAGCCCAUGAAGGUUCAAUUUUGACUAUGAAAUUCAGUCCUGAUGGCCAGUACCUUGCAAGUGCAGGUGAAGAUGGAAUAGUGCGUGUUUGGCAGGUGAUUGAGUCUGAGAGGUCAGAUGAGUUUGGCAGACUUGAUAUUGAUCCAUCACAUGUAUACUUCACAGUUAAUAGUCAUUCUGAAGUAGUUCCACUUCAUGCCGAUAAAGAGAAAAACAGUAAGUUCAAGGAUUUGCGAAAAAAUUCACACUCAGCUUGUGUCAUCUUGCCUCAGAAAAUAUUUCAGAUAUCAGAGAAACCAAUCCAUGAAUUUUAUGGUCACCGUGGAGAGGUCUUGGAUCUCUCCUGGUCAAAGAACAAGUAUAUUUUAUCAUCUUCUACUGAUAAGACUGUUCGCUUGUGGCAAGUGGGAUGUAACCGGUGCCUACAAGUCUUUUCCCACAAUAACUAUGUUACAUGUGUUCAGUUUAAUCCCAUGGAUGAUGAUUCAUUCAUCAGCGGUUCCAUAGAUGGGAAAGUUCGCAUCUGGACAAUUCCUGGUUGUCAAGUUAUUGACUGGAUUGAUAUAACCGAAAUUGUUACUGCAGUUUGUUAUCGCCCUGAUGGAAAGGGUCUAGUUGUUGGCUCAAUGACUGGCAAUUGUCGCUUCUAUGAUGCAUCUGAUGGUCGUCUGCAGCUGCAUGCCCAAAAGUGCUUACAGGGUAAGAAGAAGUCAGCAUCCAAGAGGAUAACUGGCUUUCAGUAUUUCUCCAGUGAUCCAUCCAGAUUAAUGGUCACUUCUGCUGAUUCAAAAGUCCGAAUCCUUGAUGGUGUUGAUGUGAUAUGCAAAUAUCGAGGCAUCCACAAUGCAGGAAGCCAAAUAUCUGCAUUGUUCACCUCAGGUGGGACACAUAUUAUAUCUGCAAGUGAGGAUUCUAAUAUAUAUGUCUGGAACUAUGCUAUCAAGGAUGGUCCUGUGCCUCGCGUAAAGACCAAUUGGGCAUGUGAGCAUUUCUUCUCGAACAAUGCAUCAGUUGCUAUACCUUGGCCUGGGUUGGCAUGUGGGAACUCUGCAUCUUCAGAUAUAAUGAGAACAACAUUGCCCUUUAUGAACUCAGAGAGAUGUAAUGAAGAACAAAUGUCGGUACACAAAGAGUUGGGUGAGAGUUCACAAUGCAAAUCGUCAUUUUCUUCACCUGAUCAAUUUUCACUGAGCCAUGGAUUUUUCUCCGAGUCAUUGCCAAAGGGUUCUGCAACCUGGCCAGAGGAAAAUCUUCCUUCCUCAUUAAGCAUGUCGCCUAAAAUGUUUAAAUCCCAGUACAAGUUUUUGAGGACAUCUUACCAGAGCGUCCAUGGUUCACCUCAUGCAUGGAAUUUGGCGAUAGUAACCGCUGGAUGGGAUGGACGGAUCAGAUGGUUCCAGAAUUAUGGAUUGCCAGUUCGCCUUUAGAAACUUUGGAUUGUACAGACUAUCAAGCAAUAAUUUCUAUGGAAAUUUGCCUUUAUCUUUGGCGAGACUCAUCUCUGGGGUCAGCAGGUGAUGUGCUGUACGGUGGACAUUCAUGAGCUACGGUUGAGAUGCUGAGCAAUGUUGUCUGGUUGACCAAGAUUUUUUAGGUGCAGAACAAUUGAACACCGAUGACCUUCUAUAUUUAGCUGGCUUUAUCCAGUGUAUAUAUCAUUCUUUAAUUUAUAUAUUCAGCAGUAUGGUGGCUGCAUGCCCAGUCUGAAAUGUGGGGCUCUGUCCAGUGUCGACCACCAAGGGAAGCCAAGGUAUAUUGGUAUUUUUUGGAGUUCGAUUUGUUGAAGGGCGCUGGGCAAAAUUAGCAUUGGCUGCAGGGAAUUGGACGUGGCAGACGCGAAGGAUUUUCAAUUGAUUUCAUCAUAUGAUUGCUGCUUUUGGAUUUCUGAUUUUACCAUUUAUUAUCCCCGAGCUUCUAACUUGGGAGGGUUACUUGUCAGGAGCAGCUGGUAUUUGGCUAAUCUCAAGGCUCCAACCUUCUCAGUUCCCAGGAAAGCAGGGCCAAUCAAAAUCGGGUACAAGCUUUUGUAUUUAUUUAUUUUUUUCUUUCUUGAAGUUACUUUUUGUCUUUGGUCGCUUUCCAACACAGUAAUUCAUUGCAAACAAAAAGAAUAUACAUGUAUUAGAUAUGGUAUGUCAUUCUAAUUGUAAUAUAUACAUUUUGAAAAGAAAUUUGUCAUGUUCGUUACUUAC